AUGUCGUCUAGUUCACCUCAUGAGCACUCACGAUCUCAGUCUAGCGCGACCAACCCACUUUCAACAAACCAUCGGGACCUGACCAACAGCGGCAAGCGCAUCCUACCUCAACUCGACCGCCCAGCAAAGUCUCGUCGUUCACUCUCUGCGACUACCAGUACUUCGACCGCUUUGCAAAGAAUACAACAUCACACCAUUGACGGAUCCAGUUUGCUAUCCGAUGUAACUUCAUGGAAUCCCCUUUCAUCAACCCCAUUCACCUUGCCAUAUCUCUCUCCCACUCCAGUCCGAGAAAUUCCUACAGUGGAGUACGCAUUGAGCACAUUAAAGAAUCAGAGGCUCGAGGAAUACAAGCAAGCCGUCUACAUCCCACCAUUGGCCAAACCCAACCUGCAGGCACCAUACAACAAACUAUUCUCUUUGACAGACAAGGUCCAGGAAUUCCUAGCUGGCGAUGAUCAAGUGAUGUUGAUAUUGGGCGACUCAGGGGCUGGCAAGUCGACAUUCAUCCGCCACCUGGAAUACGAACUCUGGAGCAAUUAUGAAAUUGGCAGUCGGGUCCCUCUUUUCAUCAACUUGCCUGCUCUCGAGCGCCCGGAAAAAGAGUUGGUUGUCGAGCAGCUCUGGGCUUACAAGUUCUCCGAAAUGCAGAUCCGGGAGCUGGAGCAAAACCACCAGCUCUUUUUAAUAUGCGAUGGCUACGAUGAGUGCCAACUCAUUGUCAACCUCCACACCACGAACCUCCUCAACCGAACCGGUCAUUGGAAGGCCAAGCUGCUUAUUACAUGUCGCACUCAGUACCUCGGACCUGACUACCGUGAUCACUUCGUACCAACGGCAGUGGACCAAUACCAUCGUGUCGCCAAUAACCUCUUUCAAGAAGCCGUCAUCGCUCCAUUCUCCAAGAGCCAGAUCGAAGAUUAUGUGGAGCGAUAUGUUCCUUUAGAGCCAAGGACGUGGAUCAAGGAGGACUACAUGGACAAGCUGGCGACAAUUCCCAACCUGAUGGAUCUGGUCAAGAACCCCUUCCUCUUGACCCUGGCGCUGGAGUCCAUGCCCAGAGUUGUUCAGGGCGCAACCAACCUCUCCAGUCUUCACAUUACUCGCGUGGAACUCUAUGACAUUUUCGUCGAGCACUGGCUGGGCGUCAACAAACGCCGCUUACAGAGCCAAAAGCUGAGCGUGGAUGACCAGACGACGUUCAACGAGUUGAAAGACGACGGGUUUGAGCGGAACGGGAUUGAGUUUCAGCAGGACUUGGCAGCGGCGAUCUUUCGGGAGCAGGACGGGAAGCCGGUUGUCGACUACUCUCAUCGACGGGACAAGAACUCAUGGAAAGUAGCAUUUUUCAGUCCCGAACCCGAUACGUCUCUUCUACGUGGCGCCAGUCUACUGAGUCGAGCAGGAAACCAGUAUCGCUUUGUCCACCAAUCUGUCUUGGAGUACUUUUACUCUCGCACUGUCCACGGACCAGUCAACGAUGAAGAAGAAUUUCCUCCGCAACCUCGUCUCAACACAGCUACCUCGCCUACGAUUCAAAACCAUCCGCUGUCUAAGCGGAGCCUUGUUAUGGAGCCCUCAAUCGCACAGUUCUUGGCUGAGCGCGUCACGCUGGACCCGUGUUUCAAGCAGGAGCUCCUCGCCAUCAUUGAACUGUCCAAGAAUGAUCAGAAAGCAGCCCUAGCUUCCUCCAACGCCAUCACCAUUCUAGUCAGGGCUGGCGUACAAUUCAAUGGAUCGGAUUUACAGGGUAUCAGCAUCCCAGGAGCCGACUUGUCUGGAGGACAGUUUGAUUCUGCUCAGCUGCAGGGGGCGGAUCUCAAAGGCGUCAACCUUAGCAGGAGUUGGAUCCGUCAGGCGGAUUUCGGAAGUGCGCAGAUGGAAGGAGCUCGAUUUGGAGAGCUAUCGUACCUAAAGGAGGCAGAGCGGGUGGAGGCAUGCGUUCUUUCGCCCGAUGGAAAGUUGCUGGCGACAGGAUUAAAAAAUGGCGACAUCAACAUCUACAAUACUACGACCUGGAGACAGACUCGCGUUUCUUGGGGUCAUUCACAUGGAGUUGCCAGCCUCGCAUAUUCGCCUGACGGUCACCAAAUUCUUUCUGGUAGCAAGGACAGGACUUUGAGGUUUUGGGACUUUAGUAUAACAGAUCGAGGAGGCCUGAUUCGGGUGCUUCCCUGCUCAGCGACAUCCGUGGUAUUCUCGCCUACUGGUGACCAGUUUGCUUUUGCUGGUACCGACCGAUCGGUGAGCCUGUGCAAUGCUCAAACGGCCAACGUCCUUUUCGUACUGCAAGGUCAUACCAGAGCCGUCACUGGUCUCGCCUACUCGCCAGACGGAGAGCAGAUUGCAUGCGGCAGUCAUGAUGGAACGAUUCGGAUAUUCAACACGCAGACUGGACUGCUGACAAAGGACAUGGAAAGUAGUUCCGAGGGAAUCCGUUGCAUCGCUUAUUCACCGAAUGGUCGUCGCUUCGUGUCAGGAUUCAGGAAGGGCAUGCUGCAGCUAUGGGAGAUGGCUUCUGGCAGGCAGGGACCGAUUUGGCGAGCACAUACAGGCGACGUUUCAUGCACAAGGUUUUCGCCUAAUGGUCAGCUGUUCGCCUCCUCCUGCAUCGAUGGCACAGUGAAACUAUGGGACGCGCAGGCGAGGAGUCUCCUUUCUGUCUUUGUCGGCCAUCAUGGACGCGUGACGAGCUUGAUGUUUAACCCUGACGGAUCGCAGCUUGUCUCGAGCAGUCGUGACAAGACCAUACGGUUCUGGGAGGUCAGCACUGCUGGAUCGGGACUAGGCCUGCAUGGACCCUCUGACCCGGUCACUGGCGUGGUAUUCUCUCCUUCUGGUCUCUCACUCGUCUCUUGCCGUCAAAACGGGACUGUGCAGCAACACAGCGCGGUUUCGGGAGAGCUCGAGCAAGUUUUCUCCGGCAGCUGUCUCCAAGCGAACUGUAUUGCCUAUUCUACAGAUGGUCUUCAGAUCGCCACGGCUGGACGCGAAGGAGAUGUACACAUUUGGGAUGUCACCACAGGAAAGUCCGACUUUGUCCUCCGAGGUGGCCAAGACGGAGUUGACGCCCUGGCGUUCUCACCUUGUGGGCAAUGGAUCGCUACCGGGAGCAAGGACAAGAUUGUGCAACUCUGGAGGUUUCAUUGCGGCGGAGAGCCCGUUCAUACUCUCACUGGCCACUCCAAAUCAGUCACCAGCCUGGCGUUUUCAUUAACCGGUCUGCAGAGCACAUCAGAAAGCAAGGACAACACAUUUAACGUCUGGAGGGAGGACACAGGCGACUUUAGGGCAAUGCUAGGUCGUUAUCUGGGAGGACCGGACUUGGCUAUCGACUAUUCACCGAGCGGUCGUCAGGAUGCAACCAGUCUGCUCUCGGAAGUGCGACCCAUUGACGUACACGGCGCUGAUGAGUCACAUGGUUAUCUUCCUCGUCACGACAACAUUUACGGCGUUGCGUUUUCGUCGUGCGGUCAGUGGAUCGUGAUACGCAGCGAUCGGUCGAUUCGGCUGUGGAAUUUUGUUGCACGAUACGGAGCGCAGACUUGGAGAUGUAUGGCCGUAAUCGAGGAGUUCUUUGGACAAGUCAACAGUGUCGCUUGGAGGCCGGGUUUGUUGGAGUUUGCGACUGGCUGCGACGAUGGAUCCAUUCGAGUCUGGAAGGUGUUGGAAAAGUCGGGCCGAGUGUCAGUUCAGAUGAUUUGGAGCUCUGGGCCUGCUGUACUUGCCUCCACGGGCACUAUCAUAGCCGACGCGGUAGGACUCAGUACAACCAAUCGCGCGUUGCUCAAGCAACGUGGCGCCAUUCAUAGAUCUCUAGAGCUGGAUAAGGAGGAGGAGUAA